AUGGAAAGUUCAGUAGCUUCCUUACUGGCCACUCCUAAUGUCACAAUUCAGACUUACAUACCCUCAACCUCAGGGGACACCACACAGUCUCCAUCUCUGUCAGAAGAAAGGAAUGAGAGUAGACAAAAAAGAAAGAGGAAGGUGUGGUCAGUGAUUGAGUCAACAGACACAAAGCUUGUUCUGAAAAGGAGAAAAAUUGCUGACUAUCGCCCAGAAGACUUAAAGGCUUUCUUCAGGCUCCUGGAAGACCCAAUCAUUCGGAAAUUCUUGGAUUCAGACAGCCAUUUUAAAGUGGCUGAUAAGUACCUGCUCUCCAUGGUUGUAGAAUACUUUGGCCGGGUGAGACUUCCUGCGUACACUUAUAACCGGAUCCAUUUUUUUGUGGCACUAUUCAUCGCCAAUCAAAUUGAGGAGGAUGACAUGAAAUCUAAAUUCAACAUGAUGCCUGUCCUUUUUGGAAAGAGACUGUGGCGUAGUCUCUACUAUGAUUUCUGGCGGGUACAGAGAAAGUUUAUUGUUGCAAUGAACUGGAGAGUUCUUGUCACUCGCCAGAUUUGUGAUGAAAUCCAAGCCCAGGCCCCUACACACUGGGUCUGGGACAGGGACCGAGACCUCCUCACUUAA